UGAUGUUGUUGUGAUGUUUAUUUUAGGGUUCGCUCCCACCGAUCUCGUCUCCGUGUAUGCAGCAAGCCGGGCUCUAUUGUGGUUUUCUAUCAGGCCCAUCCUGUCCUGGUCAACAACGUGCGAUUGCAGCGAUCGGCGAUCGAUAGGCUUGCGUCCUAGACCCGACGAGAUUCUAUAUCCAUGCACCGGUAACACUGGUCGGUAGUAGAGUGGCCAUCGAAGCGCAACGAUGUCGUUACUAGUGUUUCUGAUCGCCGCUGCGCACUGUGUUUACACGCCGUUCACUAAGGUCGAGGAGAGCUUCAACCUGCAAGCGAUCCACGAUUUGCUUUACCACCGCUGGAAUCUCACCGAGUAUGACCACCACGAGUUUCCCGGUGUAGUGCCUCGUACGUUCGUGGGCCCGCUUUUCAUCACGUUUCUCACCACCCCGAUCGCGAUGCUACUGGAAUUGUUCGAAAUCAACAAAUUCUGGAUGCAGUACGUCGUACGCUUUGCCCUCGCCGGAACGGUAGUUUUUGCGUGGAGCCGCCUGAAGAUAACCAUCCUGCAAAAGUUCGGCGUAACGGUGAGCGUCUGGUACCUGUUGAUCACCGUCACGCAGUUCCAUUUCAUGUUCUACAUGAGCCGCCCGCUGCCGAACAUCAUGGCCCUGCCGCUCGUACUGCUCGCUGUCAACUACUGGCUCAAUCGGAGCGUUAAGCGCUUCCUCGUCUGCUCCGGAGCGGCUAUCAUCAUUUUCCGCGCCGAGUUGGCCAUGCUGCUUGGGUUGUACCUGCUCUACGAUCUCUACUACAAACGCCUCUCGCUGCCACUGUUUCUACGCACAGCGAUCCCGGCUGGCAUCGGGCUCGUCCUGCUGACCGUCGCACUGGACAGUUUCUUCUGGCGCCGGCUUCUGUGGCCCGAGGCGGAGGUGUUCUGGUUCAAUACCAUCCAGAACAAAAGUUCCGACUGGGGUACUUCUCCGUUUCUGUGGUACCUUUAUUCCGCGCUUCCUCGUGCCAUGGGCCUCUCGAUUGUGUUCGUGCCUCUAGGACUGUACUUCGAAACGCGCAUCCGCUCUCUGGUCGUGCCUGCGGUUGUAUUUGUGAUGUUGUUUUCUUUCCUGCCACACAAGGAGCUGCGAUUUAUCAUAUACGUUUUUCCGCUGUUCAACGUUGCCGCAUCUUGUGCCUGCAAUCGAUUAUGGAUCAAUCGACAGAAAUCGCUCUGGAACAAGUUUCUUUCUUUCGUAUGCAUAGGCCACCUGUUCGGCAAUGCCCUACUGACGAUGUUCUUGCUACUGGUGGCUGGGACAAACUAUCCCGGCGGAGUUGCCAUCUCUAGAUUCCACCGACUAGCCGCAGGUGAAAGCAAUGUAUCCGUCCACAUCGAUAACCUAUCGGCCCAAAGCGGCGUGUCUCGGUUCACCCAAAUCAAAACCGACUGGACCUACAGCAAGGAAGAAAACCUGGUACCUGGUGAAGAUACGCUGCAUCGCUUCGACUACCUUUUGACCGAGGCGCGGGACAAGUACUCGGACAAGAUGCGGCUUCUGUCGCAGACGCACGAAAUCAUCGAGUUCGUCGAGUGCUUCAACAGUAUCGGCCUGCAGUACAAGUCGGUAUUGCCCGUGAAGAUCAAAACUAAACCGUGCAUCUUUAUCAUGCGUCGCCGGUAUGAUAUUGAAAACGACAACCUACGCUGGUCCCUGGGGGACGACUUUCUUGACAGUAGUACGUGGAAGGAUUCGGAGUCCGUUACUGGCAAAAGUCCCUUCACUUCCAUCGAAUCCGAGGAUACACCGAUCGACAUAGACUUUGGACCCGAUGCACCGGGGGACGCUGAAUCAAGGCGCAAAAAGCGGGAUAUCGGGGAUAUGCCAGAUCAGGUGGAGGAAACUGACGAUGAAUUAUCGCCAGAGAAUGAAGAUGAAAAUAUUCAUGAAGGCGAAAUGGAGGAGGAUAGACCAUUGAAGAAGCUGAAAAUUAGGCCACUGCAAACGUCACAUGCCCACCGAAUAGGGCGCAAGGUCGAGCUACCCAAAAUGGACGGAGGAAGUAAACGAUCAUUCCAUUCGCUUCCGGAUCUCGCAAUUAAAUCUCACCGGCGGCCCAGUGUCAAACAGCUUCUACAGGAGCAACAUUCUACCGCCCCCGAAGACGAAACUGACCAAGAGGAGCAGACUGCUGGGCGCGGAGAAAAGUUAGCUUCUCGCUUAAACGGCAAUUAUCAGUGGCUGGACGAUGACGUAGAUGAGGAAGAGGAUGCCGAUGGCGAGAUUGCGGGGGAAAACUUAGCAGCCGAGGAGUCCAGUCGAAUCCGAGCCCAUCUGCAGACACGUGCGGCCUCCCGGAGGCAGAUAAAAGAGGAGGGCAUGCGUAAAAUGGCCAACAAGUUGACCAAGGCCAGCUUCAGCGAGGUGUGUAAUCUGGACCGCAUGUCGAUGAAGGAAUGCCUCAAGAAGAUCAUCGACGAUAACGUUCUUAUGGAUGAGCUCGAUGGUGUUGACUAGCAGUGCUCGCUGGGUGUGAUUUUUGUGUGCCUGUGUGUGCGUGUGUAUUUGUAGGAUCUUUCAAUCCUCAAGUCCAUCGAACUAUUGCAAUCGAAGCUUUAAUGUCCUGAAUUGGCAACAAUCUGAAACUAAGCAAACUAAAUAAAU